AUGUUUGCAUAUUUAUAUAUUGUUAUUAUUUAUUCUCAGUAUCCUUUUUUACAACGAAUAUGGGGUAUAUUUGAUGAUUUUACUAACGAUUUAACUGAAGAAGAAAAUGAAUUACUUGUGGUAUGUGAUGAAAUUGUAAAACCUUAUCCCUCAAAAAAAACGGAAUAUACACAAUACUGUAAGAUUCUUUUAAAAAAUAUAGCGGGAGCAUCAAUAAUUGAAGUCGAAUCUAAAGACAAAAAUAUAAUUUCCGAAGAAACUUUAAAUAUUAAUACUCGUUGUACGUAUUUAAACAAGUGGUUAUAUUAUUUUAUAAAAAUAUAUAGUGUUCCAGAGGAGUUUAUUAGGAAAAAUUUUGAAGCAAUUGAUGAUCUAAAGGACUUAUUGCCUAAAAAUGGUAAAUAUACCAAGUGUUAUUACGAAUCAUACAAGAGCGAUUAUGCUGAACCAGAAGAUGAAAUAAAAUUAUCAAAUUUUGUAGAUAAUGAAGACAUUAUUGGAGAAAUAUUAAUGGGUGAGCAUCCACAACAAUAUCAACCUUGUCUUAAGUAUAUAUAUGACUGUGUCAAUACAUAUAAGAAGUUGAAAACCUUAUAUUGUAAUAAUAAUGUGUACCGGGAUCCAAAAUAUAGUAAACUUUGUUCUGGUAUACAAUCAUUUAUUGUGACUUAUAAAGGUUUGUCUGAAAUAGGUUCAUUAAUACAAAAGCUUCCAGACUUAGAUUCUCCCCUACAAGAAUUUAGAGCUGCACUACAACUUAGUGGGGAAACAGACACAUCUACUACUGGGCAAACUGAUUUUUUUAGCGGUCCACUAAAAUCUAAAAUAACAACAGGAGUCACAGCAGGGGCAGGAGCAUGUGCUUUUCUAGGAAUUUUGUAUAAGUUCACUCCAGCUCUAGGUUUGUUUACUGCUCAAAAUAGAGGGGCACAAGCUAGUAUUUUUUUAGAUGAUGGACAAAAUGAAAUGCUUUAUUAUAGCCCCGAUUCAUGGAAUAUGGAGUCCGAUAACACGGGAUAUAACAUAGGCUACCAUUCUAUGGAGGAUUACUAA